CGUCUGAAGAAUGUAAUCUGAAAGUUACUACGUACCGAACGUACUUCUUACGUUGCAAGUACACAUCAACCAAAACGAAGGUAUUUACAGUACGGAAGACCAACAACAGAAUCUGUUCAGAAACGCAACCACCAUGACCAAAUCCAACGCCUGUGCGAUAUUUGCCUUCGUUCUUUUGGCAUACGGCGCCCUUUCUUCGGCGUUCCAGACCGGCAUGCACAUGGGAAGAAUUCCCUCCAAAACCACUGCCUACGGCGAUUAUUCUUUGAUCCGCACGGCGGCAACCACCGGCGACAGCGAACAACCAUUGCCACCGGUCGCUCCCAAAAUACCCGACAACGUCCUAUCCAACAAUGCUCUGGCAGAGGAAGCGGGUUAUCCAGCUAUCAUCCUCUCCCCGUUUCCGGACGCAGCCGAUCCAGCAUACGCGGCAACCGCGCCCGUCGGAGGCAACGAAUUUUGUGUUUCCCGCCUGGGCGGGCCGGUCGAAAAGGAACUCACCAACGAUAACCUCGUGCAGAUCGUCUAUAGGCGCUCGAACGUGACCGACAUCGAGGUCAACACGCUCGCCUGGAAGUGCCUGGGAUAUAGGUUCGACGAAGAAUCUUCCGAAUGGACCGCCAAAGAAGUCUUUCCAAAAUGGAAGGAGCGCUAUCCCGAACCCCCGGACAUGAUCGGCAUGCAGCGCAUCUAUACCAAGGCGAUCGAUGGAGAACUCAUCAAAAACAACCAGCGCCUGACGGUAUCGGUGCCCCUGGAGUGCAAGAACCUCCUAAAGCAAAACAUGGCCCCAUACGGCUUCACGGGGUACAAGGUCUCCGAGCUGACACCCAACCUCACGCGGCGUGCCCAGAUCGUCAAUUGGUUGCUGUACUACCGGGAGGAACUAUUUGGGUAUACCGUGGAAGAGCUGCGUGAGAAACGCCGGCUGAAGAAAGAAAAGGAGGCCGAGGAACAGCGCAAGCGGGAGGAACGGAACGAGGAAGAGCCGUACCGACCACCCCUAAAGGAAGUCUACUGAUUGCAACACACAUGCACCACUUUUCGCGAGAUUGUGACUGCGACUUUUGCGGUGAAUGGAUAUGACACGAGAGCUUUUUUCACUGACUCUGUUUCCUCAAUACUUUUGUGAGGCAGCGAAGGGAUACAACAAUGCGAAGAAAUAUCAUGUUGAUUGAAAAUUUUGCACAGAUGUAAUCGCUGCUUCGAAGCUAAUUGAAGAAACCGAAACGAAACGAAACAAGAAAAGCUUUGUUCCACAUGGUGUAAAAAAAGUAAAACAAUGUA